CUAUCAAACUUCGAUACAUUUUGCCACCUGUGUCUCGCCAUGGGGAAUUUUGGCAGUUGCCAUGUCGGCGAGGAACACACGUGCACCCACGUGCGGCACGUGCGCGCCAAGCGGCGGCUGAAGCGGCUGGCACAGGUGUUGCUGGUGCUGAAUGUGGCCAUGCCAAGUGGAAACACUGGAGGUGCCUGGGUGCCGCCAGGCGCGAUCCUCACGGAAACCGCGACGUCGUCGUCGCGAGCGCGCUUCCGGCUCACAGGCCGAGGCAGUUGGCGCAAUGCAGUGCCUCCUCCAUCAGCAGUGCCAGCCCCCAGUCAGCCAUCCGAGGGUCCGCUGGCUCUUGGGCGGAAGGCAUGGAGCAGCACGGCGGAUGGCUUCUUAGAACUCCUGGUCUACACAACUCUUUGGAUGUCCUUCAGUCUGGCAAGUCUGGUGCCCUUUGUGCAGUUACAAUGUGGCUUUAACGUCGACCAGCGUCCCUUCUGGGCAGCCGCCUCUGAGAGUGUUGCAGUCUACACCUUGGACCACUUGCAUGACAUCAGCAAAGCCACCAAAAGCACUGGAGAGCACAAGAUGAGCUCUGCAGGUCGUUUCCCACAUCGAGUCCUCCUCUUGCGAGUCUUGCUCGCAGUGUCCAUCCUGGCCUUGGCGGGUAGCUUGAUCGCGGCUCGCAGCUGGAUGGUCUCGUUGACCUUCUUAGGGCACGUUCUCCUUUGUGCCGCCUAUGCGAAGCUGAAGCCUCGAAUGCCCUACUGCAAGGCUUUCUACGUGUCCACUUGCGUGGUCUUUAUGGCGGUCGCUGCACCUAGUGCGUAUGCUCCAGCGUUGUUGGGUUCCUUGAGCGGUGCCUCCUUGGGGCAGAUGCUCUUGUUGAUCUUUUCGGUGGCGCUCACCGUGGAGCAGCUGCAGGACCUGCGCGACGUCGACGAAGACCUGGAAGCCCAGGUGGUGACGUUAGCCUCCGGCUUCGGGCCACGGAGGGCCAGGCAGCUGCUCUUGGUUUUCCAAGCGGCCGCGCUCUUCCUGCAUCUCUGGUUGAUGCAGUGGGCCCGCUUGCCGCUCCGUCCGCACUUCCUGGCGGUCCAUGUGGCCUGUAGCCUUUGCUCGAUGGGAUUCAGCCGCCAGACGCCACGGAGUCUUUUCCAGGUGUUGCUGGAACCCCUCUAUGCACUGCCUCUCUUGGCAACGGCGCUUCGUGCCUCUUCGGGGCUCUCGCUUUGAGGAUCUGCACCGCCAUCAUUUUUGUGCUGCGCAGCCCUUCCUGUGGACCUCCAGCGUUGGAGGGUCACCUGAAUGCCGCAGCCAGCUUCGUCCAGAAAAGACAAAGAGACCAAUCAAAGCUUCG